AAAAGAUUAUUUCUUGUUCGUUCAAUCAGUUAAACACAGUACCGGCUCGAAAGUGUAAUAAUAAUGAAGCUUUUAAAGUUGUUUCUAGUGUUCGGUUUGUUAUGCCAGACUUUAGGCGACGAGGUAAAGAAAGAAUUUGAUGGUACUGUUAGCUUCAGUGUGGAAAAAGUUUGGUUAAGUUAUCGUCAUUGUGCGUGUUCAUGUGAAGAAGACCCUUGGAGGAAAGGCGUUCAAGAUUUCUACGACGGAUGUAGAGCAGCGUCUAAGUCAUUUCGCGGAAAAGCUUUCGAAGUAGCUGACAGCACAUUAGAUUCAAUUGCGCAAGUUAUAACGAAAUUAAUUGAAUUCACCGAUUCCAACUCGACAAUAUUACAAUCAAGUUCUACUAAUAUGUUAGAAUCGAUUAGCAGAAACAGUCGACUUAACGGUACUAGUUUGAACAUUGCGAUCGAGUUCGAGAAAGUUUUUCCAACAGAAGUUAGAGAAUUCAAUGAUGUUGCUAAAAAAUUGUCGGAGCAUAUUGGUGAACUGACAUGUUCAUUCACAAAUGCUGUUAGCGAUUUCGGUGCUGAACUUUCCAAAUUUAUGAGAGAAUUUCUACAAAGUUGCCGAUUGUUCAAUUGCAAAAAAAGAGUUGAUUUCAAGUGCGUUCUGAAAAAAUACCAAAAACUUACGAACAUUAUUGCUCUCAUUGAUGACACACUAUUGAACAAAUGUGAUCGUGAAGUUUCCCAGGACGUGUAUGAUUCAAUUUUAGUUUUUCAUUUGAUCUAUUUAUAUAUGGGUCUUUCUGUCACAGGAAUCAAUAGUUGUGUCUUAGAUGUGCUCCACGAUCGUAAAUGUUACGUAUCAGAAAGCGUUAAGUUUUGCUCGUUAUCAUUUGAAUAUGCAAUCGUGCAAGUUGUUCAAGCUGUUUCUGGAGUCGUCACAUCAUCCAUUGAUAGCAUCAAAGGUCUUCUAAAGGUAUUCGUCGACAUAGCCGCGACCUUGAAUGCGGUUGUAAAAGGUGUUCUUGGACUGUCUAACGACGUGUUACUAUCCGUUGGAGAUAUAGUUAAGAAUUUAGUGAGCGGUGGCAAAGGACAAACAAGUAUCUUGAAAGGAAUAAUUUAAAAAUUAAAAACGAUGCGCAAUCCGAUUUAUGGAAGUCAUUCCAAAUUCAUGUUGAUAUUAUGAAAUGAAUAAUUAUAAAGUUAUCGUAUGUCAAAUAAGUUGGAUAAAUAAGCGCUUUCUCACACAAUAAGAAAAAUGUAUCAGUAGAUCACUUUGUAAUAAAGUCA